UAAUAAUAAUGGCAACAACCUAAGUUGAAUCACACUAACAACCAUAAGAUUUUGAAAAUGAAUAAAAUGAGCAAAACGAAAAAGCAUAAACAGGACCUGAAGUAAAAUUAUUAAUUAAAUUCAAGAAUCAAGGAGAAUUAGCCAUCCUCUAAGAUCAAAAUAGAAGAUAUGCUUAUAGAAUUGGUCAUCUAACAAAAGCUAUUGAUGAAUUAAUUUAAUCAGAAGUAACAUCUAUAAUAUUAUUCUAGAACCUAUUACGCAAUGAAAAUGCUUAAUUAAAAGCUAGAAUAGCAGAAUUGGAAAAAAAAUGAUUAACAUAAAGUAUAUUUUUUUAAAAUAGACCUUUGAU